AUGACGGAGAGAAAGAUGUAUGCGUUGGUUACAGGAUGCGGCGAGGGGGGCAUUGGAGAAGCAUUAGUGAAGGAGUACUCUCGUCGCGGACUCUAUGCAAUAGCCACCGUGUUGCCAACUGAAGCAAGUGAUCAUUUGACCGCGGCAGGUAUAACUUGGUUUCCCUUGGACGUGACCAAGCAAGAAUCAGUUCUUCAGUUGAAGGACAAGGUCGACGAGCUCACGGGGGGGUAUCUCGACGUGCUCGUCAAUAAUGCGCAAGUGUCCCGACAUGCAAAAUAA